AUGCAGCCGUGCACCUGCCGCACCAGCGCCGGCCCUGGCUGCGCCCCCAGCAAGCCCUUUGCCGCUGUGCCGGCCCGGGGUGUAGCUCGCAGCAGGCAGCUGACUCCUUUGGCGGCCUCCCAGAGCGAGGACUCGCCCGCCGCACCGCAGCAGCAGCAGGCAGCGCCGCCGCCGCUCAUCUCCUCCCGCCGUCAGCUGCUGGUGUUCACCGGCGCAGCGGCUGCAGCAGCUGCAGCAGGCUCGAGCACCAGCGGCAGCGCACAGGCAGCUGAGAUCGAUGCCAGUGUGUGCCGUGAGUGCGCCGGCACUGGCGCCACUGCCUGCGACAUGUGCGGCGGCACCGGCAAGUGGCGUGCCCUGAGCAGGAAGCGCGCCAAGGACACAUACGAGUUCACCGAGUGCCCGCAGUGCUACGGCCGCGGCGUGCGCGUGUGCGGCGUCUGCUUCGGCACCGGCCUGCGCAACGUCAGGGGCCUGCUCAGGCGCCCCGAGGCCACUGCCCUGGUGGAGCGCAUGCAGCACGGCGAGCUGCGGCCGGGUGAGGUGCAGGACCUGCUGCAGAAGGCGCGGGCAAACAUGGAGGCCGCUGACAUGGAGGCUGCUGCCGCGGCUGCCGCGGCGGCGGCGGCAGGCCCCUCUGCCUGA